AUGGCUUCAGAUACCAUCCAACCCGACUACGAAAAGGAGAAACAACAAGUCAGCCAUCACAUCGAACAUGCAAACCCGCAUCAUGGUACAGACUUGUCGCUGGAAUCACAGCAUGAACAAACGGACCAAGGCGUGGAUACGAAUAAUGCCCAAGCACUCAAAGGAGACGACUCAGAUGGCAAGGUAGAAUGGAGUGUGCGUAGCAUCUUCGCCGCCAUCUUCCUCGCCGCACUAUACACCGGCUCCCAAGUAAUCCUCUACUUCGCCGGCGCCUCCCUCUCCUUCAUCGAAGCAGACCUCAACCUCGACCGCGGCUCAGCCUGGCUGCCCACCGCCAACAUCCUCGCCAUCGCCGCCGUAUGCCCCUAUGCAGGCUACCUCCAAGACCUCUUCGGGAAACGCUACAUCGCACUCUUUGGCUCCUUUUGCAUCUGCCUCGGAUGUGCGUUGAUGGGCAGUGGACAGAACUUCGGACAGCUGUUGGCUGGUAUGGCGAUUUCGGGGGCGGGCGCUGCGACGGGGGAGUUGACUGGUCUUGCUGGCCUCGCAGAAGUCGUCCCCGUAAAAUACCGCGGCUACUCCCUCGCCCUCGUAACCGCCUUCGUCCUCCCCUUCUGCCCCUACCUCCUCUACGUAGAACUCUGGUCGCACUCCGCCUCGGGCCCAGGUUGGCGCUGGGGCCCCUGGGUCGCCCUAAUCUUCAACUUCAUCGUCGGCGUCGGCCUCGCCCUGACCUACUUCCCCCAGCGCCACACCAACACCAACACCAACCCCUCCUCCCCCUCCUUCUCCCGCCGCGCAAUCCUGAAAAGAAUAGACUACAUCGGCGGCGUACUCUCCAUAACAGGCCUAACCCUCUUCCUCGUCGCCCUCCAAUCAGGCGGCUACACCCACCCCUGGACCUCCGCCUACGUCCUAUGUACCAUGCUCAUCGGCCUGCUCCUCAUCCUCACAUGGAUCCUCUACGAAGCCAAAUACGCCGCAUACCCCAUGGUCCCUCGUGCCCUAUUCUCUGGGCAAAGGAUAGUGGGGCUGGCGUAUGUCGUUGCGUUUAGCGCCGGCAUGAAUUUCUUCUCUAUACUUAAUUUCUUUCCGGUUACGUUUAGUAGUGUGUACACACCUGAUCCAGUUUCUAUAGGUCUGAGGGGCUUGGGACCGGCGCUUACGACGGCGGUGGGGGCGAUUGUUUUCAAUGCGGCACUGAGUGCGUUUCCGGGAAGGACGAGGGAGGUGUUGCUGUUGGCUGUGGGGAUUAUGACGGGUUUUGCUGGGGCGCUGGCGGUUAUGACGCCCGAGAACGAACGCUUGGUGCUGUUUCUGGGAUCCAUGGCGGGGUUUGGUGUAGGCGGCGUUCUUGUCCCCGCUGCGACGGUUGCGAUGCUCGUUUGUCCGGAUUCCCUCAUCACAACCGCUGCGGCGCUAUCACUAUCGAUCCGCACCGUUGGCGGCAGUAUCGGGUAUUCGAUUUACUACAACAUUUUCGCGGGGAAACUGGCUGUCAAUCUGCCCAAGUACACGGCGAUGUAUGCGGUGCAAGCUGGUCUGCCGCUGGAGAGUGUGGAGGCUUUCCUAGGCUUGUUUCUGACGGAGCCGGAGAAGUUGGCGGAGGCGGGUAUUCGGGGUGUUACGCCGCAGGUUAUUGAGGGUGCGACGGUUGGGACGAGGUGGGCGUAUAGUGAGAGUUUGAAGUAUGUUUGGGUAAGUUGA